AUGGGGUUAAUUGGCCAGGGCGCCUCGCUGGGUGGCAGCAGCCGGAGACCGCGGCGGCUCCUCGUCCACCGCCAGUAUCAAAGAUGGCGGAGCCCACACGGCAGCUGCCGCGGCACCUCGUCCACCGCCAGUAUCAAAGAUGGCGGCGCCCACACGGCAGCUGCUGCGGGUCCUCGUCCACCGCCCGGGGUGCUGCGGGUCCGGCCCGGGGUCGGGGUCUGGGCCUUGGGCCGGGGCCGCUCGUUCAGCAGCGCCGCCGCCGCCGCCACCACCACCGGGCCCAGCGCCGCCAGCGUCCGCGACACCUUCCUCCGCUUCUUCACAGAGCAGCAGCAGCACCGGGAGGUCCGGUCGGCCCCGGUGAUACCCCGGGCUGACCCCAGCCUCCUGUUCGUCAAUGCGGGCAUGAACCAGUUCAAGCCCCUGAUCCUGGGCAGUGUUGACCCCCGCAGUGAGAUGGCGGGCUACCGCCGAGUGGUCAACAGCCAGAAGUGCGUGCGCGCCGGCGGCAAACACAAUGACCUGGAGGACGUGGGCCGCGACCUCUACCACCACACGUUCUUCGAGAUGCUCGGCAACUGGUCCUUUGGAGACUUCUUCAAGGAAGAGGCUUGCUCCAUGGCCUGGGAGCUGCUGACCGAGAAGUACGGGAUCCCGCCCGACCGACUCUAUGUCACCUACUUUGGGGGGGACCCUGGUGCCGGACUGCCAGCCGACAGCGAGACCAGGGACGUCUGGCUCAGCCUGGGGCUCCCCUCGGAACGGGUGCUGCCCUUCGGACUAGACUGCAACUUCUGGGAGAUGGGGGAGACGGGACCAUGCGGGCCCUGCACCGAGAUCCACUACGACCACGGCGUGGGGGAGGGGGCAGCGGCCCAGGUGAACACUGGGAACCCCGGGCUGGUGGAGCUCUGGAACCUGGUCUUCAUGCAGUACCACCGGGAGGCAGACUCCAGCCUCCAGCCGCUGCCACGGUUCAGCGUGGACACUGGGAUGGGCCUGGAGCGACUGGUGGCCGUUCUGCAAGGGACAACCUCCAACUAUGACACUGACCUCUUCACCCCCCUCCUGGACACCAUACACCAGCGGUCAGGGGCGCGGCGCUACAGUGGGCUGGUGGGAUCGAGCCCGGACGCCUCCCUGGACACGGCGUACCGCGUGCUGGCUGACCACGCACGGGCUCUCACCGUCUGCAUCGCCGACGGGCUGUACCCGGGGAUGUCCGGCGCUCCGCUGGUACUGCGGCGGAUCCUGCGGCGGGCGGUGAGGUUCUCUGCCGAGGUUCUCCAUGCUCCUGCCGGGCUCCUGGCUUCCCUGGUGCCCAGCGUGGUAGAGACUCUGGGAGCUGCCUACCCAGAGCUGAAGCAAGAUACGAGCCAGAUCAUGGACGUCAUAGAGGAGGGAGAGACGGCCUUCCUCUCCUCACUGGUGCGGGGGCGGCGAGUCAUCGACAGGACUCUGCGAAAGAUGGGCGACCGAGAGAGAUUCCCGGCGGACGUGGCCUGGUCCCUCCACCGCAGCCUGGGCUUCCCCCUCGACCUGGUUGGUCUGAUGCUGGACGAGAAGGCCGUCACCAUGGAUACCGAGGGCCUGGAGCGGCUGGCCAAAGAGGAGGCAGAGCAUUCCCGAGGGGCCGCCAUGGGGGAAGCGGGCGCUGAGCCAGAGUUGGACCCCCACACGCUGAGUGAGCUGCACCGGGCCAGGGUCCCCCCUACGGACGAUUCCCCCAAAUAUGCGUACACCCUCGAUGCCCACGGCAAAUACGCGUUUCCCUCGGGCAGGGCCAUGGUCCUGGCCCUCAGCCUGGGACGGAGUCUGGUCCAGGAGGUGGGGCCAGGCCAGCGAGGCUUUGUCAUUCUCGACCGCACCAACUUCUACAGCGAGCAGGGUGGACAGAGCUGCGACCAGGGCUUCCUGGUGCGAGAGGGUCAGCAGGACGUGGUGCUGCCGGAGCUGGAUGUGAGGGGGGCCGGGGGCUUUGUGGUCCACCGGGUGCUGGUGCCGGAGUGUCUGCGGGUCGGGGACCGGCUGGAACUCUUCGUGGAUCAGGCCCAGCGACUCGGCUGCAUGGUGAAGCACACGGCCACACACCUGCUGAUGGCCGCUCUGUGCCGAGUGCUGGGGCCCCGCACGCAACAGCGGGGCUCACACGUGGCCGCUCAACGACUGCGGCUGGACGUCAGCGUCAAGGGUCCGCUCACAGACGGCCAGCUGGCGGAGCUGGACGCCGCGGUGCAGGCGCUGAUCGGGAGGGACGAGGAGGUUCACACGGCCGAGCUGCCGCUACACCAGGCCCUGCAGAUCACGGGGCUACGCAAGACCAACGAGGUUUACCUUGAUCCUGUACGAGUGGUCUCCAUCGGUGCCCAUGUGGAGCAGCCGCACUCUUCAGACUGCACCCAGCACACCUCUGUGGAGCUCUGCUGUGGGACCCAUUUGCUGAGGACGGGCCUGAUCCAGGACCUGGUGAUAGUGUCCGAGCGGCAGCUGGCGAAGGGAAUCAGCCGACUGAUCGCAGUGACAGGACAGGACGCCAAGCAGGCCCGGGCCAUGGGGAGUGCGCUGUGUGAGGAGGUGGACUCGCUGUGUGAGCGCAGCCAAGCUGCCCCGGCGUCGCUGCCGGUGGCCCAGCGGCAAGCCAAGGACAUCGGCCGGCUCACCGACGUGGUUGAUGGGGCGACGGUCCCGCAGAGAGAGCGGCGGCAACUCCAGCAGCGUCUCCGCGCCCUGCAGCGAGUGGCCAACACACGCGUCCGCAGGCUGGAGGACCAGGCGGCAGCUGUCCAGCUCCGUGUGGUCCUGGCGCAGUCACCGGACCAGAUGUUGCUGGUGGACAUGAUCCCUGGUCAGCCUGUCACAGUCCUGGGGAAGAUGGUGAAGCUGCUGUCGGUGGAGAGGCCGCACUGCUCAGUGAUGCUGCUGAGCUCCCAGCCUGGAGGGAAGGUGGUUUGUGUGUGUGGGGUCGCCCAGGAUCUGCGGAACAACCUGCCUGCCGUGGACUGGGCACUCGCCGUCUGUGCAGGGAUGGGCGGGAACGCCGGAGGCUCCGCUCAUAUCGCCAAGGGCAUUGGGAAUAGUUCCAACCUGGAGGAAGUUAUCCAAAUGGCCCUGCAGUACGCCAGAAGCAGAAUGUAAAUGUUGGUGCUGUUGGUGAGCAGGCUCUCUCCUUCUCUUGCCGAUGAACAGUCCUGUGACAAGUGCCUGGUCAUGCUGUUCAGAUGGGAGCCAUCGUGUUGAGCUGCACCCUCUGUGACUCUCUGGUCAAGGGAUUCUGCAACAGUUCCAGCUCCUGCACCACUUGGAGGGCUGUGGGACAGUGAUCGGGCCGGGUCCUGUGUGUCGGUGACAGUUUCCUGGGCCCUGGGCUUCUUGUGGGUCAGUCUGUGGUGCACGAAGCGCUCCUGCUCAAAGGCACGGACACGAGUUCGCCAGAUGGGAUGCAGAGUCCUGAGGGGUGUCAUUGCUGAUUGAACCCAGUCGGGUCUAGAUGAGUUCUGGAUAUGAGAACAAUGGGACUUUGAUUUGGAGCAUUGAUUGAUAUUGAGGGCUGGCAAUCUCCUGGUGGUAGUUGACCAGCAUCAUUUGAGGGACUGAUCAAGGAUUUUCUCCGAUUGGAACAGGCAUGGAGAGGAUUCUGAUUUAAGAAGCCUUUGGUCAUAAUCCUGUGGCUGGUGGCUCUGCACCCAUGGCUCAUCAUCAAAUUACCUGGAAAGUCAGAACCUGUGUGCUCAUACUCCACCAACACAUUAUUUGGUUAAAUAACCCAGCCUCUGCUGCCUGCUCACCUCCUGACCCACCCCUGUUGUCAGGUAGAUGAGUAAUCCUCCUCGCUGCAACAGCCAGCAUUCACGUCUAUUGCUGCCUCUCCCCCCACUGGUCUGCUGAAUGGCAAGUUGGAAUUAUGUUGAGCAUUGGGACAGUGUGGUGUAGGGUGACAGAUGAAUGUGAAGGUUUGUUUUCUACUAAUUAAAGGUUUUUUUGCAGGAGCUGCCAGUUUCCUUGAUUGUUGUUUUUGCCCGUCAUGGGAUUGAGCAGUGGCAAAGAUGCUCUUGUGAUUACAGAGACUGGUGGUGUCAGCUCUCUGAUCUCCUGGAGUAAUAGUAACUUGUGAUUAGAAAGGUUGGUUGGGUGAAGCUCUAGUUUUCUUCGCAAUGCUGCCAGUGGAAUUGAUGGAAGCUGUUCCACUGAGUUGAGUAACAAGGGUGGGGUGAGGAGACCCAUUGGAGCGUGAGGAGAAGGGGAGGGGGCUGACCUAUAGCCGAAUGAGAGACAUUGUUGGAACAGCAAAUUUGGAAGGCUGCUUGUGAAAGAGUCAGCACAAUAGAUACAGAUUAUUCAGAGUGGAAAAGGAGUUGCCCUGAAUGCAUUUUUGUGUUGUGGCAGAAGCACGAACCCAAACAGGUGUUUCUCUCUCUCUCUCUCUCUCUCUCUCUCUCUCUCGUGUUCCUAGUUUACACUGUUCCCAACUUCUUGAGAAAUGGCUCAUGGCUUUUGACUUAGAAACAUAGAAAAUAGGUGCAGGAGGAGGCCCUUAAAGCCUGCACCGCCAUUCAUUGUGAUCAUAGCUGAUCAUUCACAAUCAGUAACCAUGCCUGCCUGCUCCCCAUAUAUCCCUUGAUUCCGCUGGCUCCCAGAGCUCUAUGUAACUCUCUUUUAAAUUCAUCUAGUGAAUUGGCCUCUACUGCCUUCUGUGGCAGAGAAUGCCACCAAUUCACAACUUUUUGGGUGAAAACAUUUUUUCUCAUGUCAGUUUUAAAUGGCCUCCCCUUUAUUCUUAAGACUGUGGCCCCUGGUUCUGGACUCCCCCAUCAUUGGGAACAUUUUUCCUGCACCUAGCUUGUUCAGUCCUUUUACAAUUUUAUACGUUUCUAUAAGAUCCCCCCACAUCCUUCAAAAUUCCACUGCACCAGACUUAGCAAAAUCAGGACAAUAAAGCCAGCAAAGGCCAUGAGGACAUGAUCACUCCGAAAUAAACUAUAGGACCAUUUAUUGCAAAUCUUUAUUCCAGCAAAAAAUAAAAGUAUUCUCACUUUGUACAAUGGAUAUUGUUACACAAGCAAUUAAUAAAAAUUUAAAUCAAAUUCCCCGUUACCCACCCACCAAUCCCCCCC